AUUCUGUUGGCUUACGGGAGAUGCUUAAAUUAGGAAUAAAGAUUGGCAUUAGAAUAAGUAAAAUAUCAAAAAUAAUUGUUAGACGUGAAAUCCUGUGAUAACACCCUUUUAAAAUUGUUUAGGGAUUUUCUUAGAUAGAGAGAUUAAAGGAUAUUCAUUUAGAAGUUGUCAGAUUUUGCAAAUAGUCAAAUUGAAAAGUAAAAAGAUAAUUAAUCAAUGGAUCCUUAUAUGAAAAAAAUCGAAUAAAAUAAUCAGCAUAAGGAUUUGAUAAAAGAUAUAUGCUCAAAAUUCUUAAAAUCUAAAGUCAAGCAGAACUAAAGGAUACUAUUAGUCGAAUACUCAAAUUUAGCAAUAUUUGAUUAUUAUUAUUAUAUGUACAAAGUUGAACUUGUAGAUUCAUCCGAAUUCAAGGAUCGUUCUAAAUACUAUAAACACCUUUUACAAACAUAUUUUCAAUGGAGUUUUCUGAAAUACUUUGUAUAUACUAUAAUCUGGUUGAUUGGUGGCAGAGUAAUCAUCAUACUAUUAUCUAAUAGAUAUCAAUCCUAUAUUCUAUGUAAGGGUUGUAUGUAAUCAUUACUGGAUUUGCAUUAAUCUUUACUAAUCUGGGUACUAGAGAAAAAGGCACUUUAAGUGCAUAUAGCAUAUUUAAUAAAGGAUAUAAGAAGUUGAUGGGUUAGAUGACUGAAGAGGAUGUGGCUAAUAUGUAUAAUAUGGGUGGAGUGAAAAAGAAGAAGGAUGAUUUAAGCGAAGAUGAUGAUGAUGAUAAAAUCUCAAAGGAUUUUGAAGGAUUAUCAAUGGAAUAAAUGAUGGCAAAAUUGAGCAAAUUGGGGAAUAAAUAAUGUUUUUGUAAUUCAGGCAGAAAAUAUAAAAAAUGUCAUUAUUAUAUACAUUAAAGAAUUAAAUAAUAAGAAGAUGAAGAUAGAAGAAAAGGAAUUAAAUAAAAUUGAUAAUAUUAUAAAUGAUGAAUUCUUUAAUUUGAAUAUGGAGC